AUGAAAAAAAUACUUUGGUUGUGCCUUGUUAUAAUAUUUGAAAUAAUUGGAUAUAAUGGUUUAGAAAUAUAUAUAAAAAUGAAAGGAAAGAAAUUAAAAUGUAUAAAAGAAAGGAUAAAUAAAGAUACAUUAGUUAUAAGUAAAUUCAAAACAAAUCAUAAAAAUGCUUUAGUAUCAUUAUAUAUAUAUGAUGUUGAUGUUAAUGAAAAGAAUUUUCAUACACAACCUAAAUUACCUAUAUUUGAAACCGUUAAUAAACAUGAUAUAAAAACAGCCUUUACAACAUUUUAUUCAUCAUCUUAUUCAUUUUGUGCUUACAAUAAUUCGGACAAACUUAUCGAAGUAUAUUUCGAAAUUAAAUAUGGAACUGAAGCUAGAGAUUAUGCACAAGUAGCCAAGACGGAACAUUUAAAUCAAGGUACUUUAUAUUUAAAACAAAUAUUAGAUCAAAUGAAUAUUUUCCAUGUUAAUCUUAAAAGAAUAAGAUCGGAUGAAGAUAAAGAAAAAAAAGCUCAUGAUAAAUUAAAUGAUACAUUGAUGUGGUUCUCUUUUCUCAAUAUUAUUAUUAUUGUUAUAGCUGCCAUUGUUCAGGACUUUUAUUUCAAAAAAUUCUUCACCUCAAAAAAGAUUAUAUAA